AACUUCAUCGGCAAAAAAAAAAAAAACUGCAGGGCGACUUCGACUCGAACGAAGUGCUUUAAACCACAGCUUAGAUCCAUGUGGGAUCUAGAGCUGCAUGAAGAAAGUAUCGUGAGGUCUGGGAACGAGAUUAGGUGUUAAUCAUUUCAACACUCAAUCCCUCCAACCAAUACAUCGCACCGAUCACGAUCAGCCCAGCGGCCGCUCUACUUUAGCAUAAGUGCUUUGCUGGGAUGAAAGAUUACGCAAGUUCGCUGAGAUGAAAGAUUACGCAAGGCAAUAUCUGCACGGCGAUUAAUCUGCUGCAUACAACUAGCAGCAGAGCAGUGCGUCUGUCUAAAGGUGAAAUAUGCUAGGCGCUAACAGAAGGGAGCGACUGCGCAUGUCCAAUUAUGAAAAAAGCCAGACUCACUCUGUACUAUGUCAGUACUUAUUCUUACUCAAGAAGCUCUUUAAUUACCAAUGCGUCUUUGCUUUGUUCUUUUGACCUCGCGUAUCACUUUUCACUUGUUUGCGAUAAAACGCUAAAUCCCUUUGACUUUGCUCCUUUUCCGACCUUGGGUUAUUCCGAACGAUCGUACUACAAGGACACGUCCCAAUCAAUAUCGUCAAUUAUUAUUCACAAGCGAAACUAAAGAAACGGCUAUACCCUUCAACCUUAGAACAGACCUUGGAUAGCGUCAUUUUGCAGCGAGCAACUUUCAAAAAUAUAAUACAACUUCACCUAAAGAUCAGUGCGUGUAGUAAGAAUACUAACAAUAGUAUCGCUACUGCACCUAUAUACAGCUCGACACAGUCAUCCCUUACUGAUUAUCGUCAAUGGAUUGAGCCGCUAAGCAUGGAUUAUCGUUUGCACGUCAAGAGCUCGCUUCUAUCUUUUCUGCUUCUAGGGCUCGCAGCUCUUGUGCAAGCCGGACGGGUGGACAGGAUAAGCCCAAGCUCAGGAAGUAUACGAGGCGCUACCAGACUGACACUAUUUGGUGAAGGUUUUGCAGAAAGUCUGUUCAACUAUGACCAGCCAGAGCUUGGAAACAGCGUAACACUGAUUUCCGUCACUCGUACGCAUGCGCUGAUAUGUGACGUCAUACCGUAUUACACCACACAGAGUCAGAUAGUGUGCGAUACAAGGCCCUCGCGACAAGGCGGUGGUGCGUUCAACAUCCGGGUAUCUGUGGAUGGCGUCCCUCUAAAAAGUGACAGAGGAGCUAGCUACUGUAACGGCGAAUGCGUUUUCACGUACGCUGAAGAAAUGACGCCUACCAUCACUUCUCUCUCACCACGAUACGGUCUGCCAGGUUCUCUGCUGACCAUUCGCGGACGCAUCUUUACUGAUCGAUACCUCGAUUCCAAAGUGACAGACAAUACUGACGUCAACAUACUCAGGGUUUUUGCUGGAUAUGGACUUUGUGACCCAAUAAAUAAUGAAAGCGAGGAACUGUACGGCAUAUCCCUAGACGCAUCGCGGUCCACUAACGGUCGUGUCACGUGCAAGCCACGUGCGGAUAGGAUAGGAUCUCAGCGUGUGUCUUUUAUCGUUUCUGGCUAUGGCCGAUCUCAAAUGUCGAGGGAUGCCCUUCUUGUCGACUCUCGUGACCGACUCUACCUUUUCCAGGCACAUGCAGAUAUUGAGUCGGUGAGUCCGUCAGCGGGGAGCUUAGCCGGAGGUACCAUCCUCAACAUCACCGGGAAAUUCUUCGAAAAGGAGAAGCUGAAAGUUACCGUGGAUGGUAUCCCAUGUGAGAUCCUCUCGGCCUCGCAGCAGACAAUUAGGUGCCAAACCGCAGUGAGGCCGAGCCACGAGUCCAACAACGGGCCCUAUCCCGGUGCUAGAGGCAUUCUUCGUGAAGUGUGGACCUCCACUAAAGCCCCCGGUCUGUCGUCAGUAGCAGGCUUGUCUUUGUCUGCUAUCGAUUAUCAUUCGGAGGUUCUGACAGAGGCGAGUUCUCCUUCACGACCAUCAUUCGGAGAGUCGACAUCCUACAGCUCAAGGCUUCGUGGGUUCUUCGUGCCUCCUUCGGACAAUAACUACGUGUUUUAUAUCCGAGCGGAUGACAAGGCCGAUCUUUACUUGAGCAUGACACAUAGACCCGAAGACAAGCAAAAAAUUGCGACUUGUCCCUCGUCAUCCACUACUUGGGAUAGAUACCAGCAACAAAGGUCAGCGGUCAUCCCACUGCAGGAGGGUACUGCGUACUACAUCGAGGCUAAUCACAUCCAGGGCGGAGAGAGAGGUCACGUGUCUAUUGGGGUGAAGCUGGAAAAAACACAAUAUGUGAACUCACAGAUCAGCUCUGCUGUAAACGAGAAACAGACAAUAAGAAUCCAGACGAACCAGAAACCGGAUAGACAGAUUAUCAACGCUACUCAUUGGGGGGCAGGGCGUGACAACCAGGUGCAACUGAUCACACUCAAAAGCGUCCGCACCAUGAAUGACACAGAUGCCUGCAAUGCGAGUGAUUUAUUUAGACUUGGUUACGCUGGAGAGAUGACAACAUGGUUACCCACUAACAUCAGUGAUAGUGACUUAGAAGCCGCACUUAACUCCCUGGACGCUUUGCGUGACAUGGGUAAUGUCACGGUAACGCAAUCCUCUAACAACCGCUCAAGAGUGUACAGAGUGGGGUUUGUGUUCGAGAAUCCUGAGGACGCCAUGUCGCUUGAGCUUGAUGCAUCAGAGACGUGCUCGAUGAACAUCACUAUAACAACCCUCACAACAGGUCAGAAUGGCCAAGACUCCUUUCGUUUUACCCUGGCUGGUAGAAUAUCACCUCAAAUCCCCCUCAGAUCGUCUGCGAGGGAAAUAGAAGAUAGCCUCGAUUCCAUGUUUAAGUGGGAUUGCACCUACAGGACCCCUCCCAGCAGGGCGUGGUUCUACAAUGGUUUCGAGGGGCGUGUCCUAGGGCCUGAAUUUGGCGCACGAGUCGUAGAGGAGCGUCCAUAUUGCGGACGAAGAUCUCUUAAAAAUCCAAGCCACCUCUUCCGCGCCGGACAGUCCAGGGAUCUGGGUGGGCGUGUCUUGAAAGGAUUUGACGCGGCAACAUACAGACAGGUCUGUUUUGCCUACAAGGGAAUGGUCAGAACCUAUCUUAGCUACCUCAUAUACUUUACUGACAAACUUGGAAAUGAGCAAAGAGUGUGGAGAAUGUACCACUUCACAUCAGCCACCUCACCUAAAUGGCGGUUCACCUGUACCGGUAUCCAUGACAACCUGAUGAGUGACAACUACAUCAAAAUAAGAGCCAACAUGGAUUACGGCGUGUAUGUCGAUGCCAUUGCAGUCGCACGAGUUCCCUGGAAAGACGUGUAUUUUGAUGACGUUUUUAUUUGGCGCGAGGCUGUCGAUGUUCGCCAAACGCAAGCGGCAGCUGAGCCAGGUGGUCACGUGAUCAAAACCUUUAGUGUGACGGAGGUAAGCCCUGCCGUCUGGGCCAUUAGCCUCGCUCCUGUGCGUUGCGGCACAGGUCUCCCCAUGAUCGGUAUCUUGGGCGCUAAGUUAGUUAGCAAUACCGACAAAUCGAUGACCUACCGACCAGCUAACGAGACGGGUCCUGCCAAUUUCACGGUGUCACGUGACCAGGAGGCCACACCUGCAGUGGGAGGGACAUUUGACGUGUCAUUUAAAGGCCAGCAAGUUAAAGGUCUACCCGUUGAUAUUUCGAGCGAUGAUCUAAAGUCUUCUCUUGAGGAAAACCUAGACAUCGGUAAGGUCAGCGUCAGCCGUAUAGGGACAUGCGCAGGAUAUACCUGGAUAAUCGAGUGGGCGACCACAGGCGGUGAUCAACCAGAUAUACUAGUUAAUGGAACCAGUUUAACUGGUAAAGACGUGACCGUGAUCACGGAGACAGUGACUGAUGGUGGAAUGUUUCUGAGACCGAUACCAGGUGACAUGCUUCGCGUGGCUGAGCCAAACCCACAGGUGCGCGUAUCAGUGGACUCCAUACCUUCCAGUUGCUCGUCGCGAAAAUGCACCUUCCAGUACAACCCAUCAGCCACGCCCACUCUCACCUCCAUCUCCCCUACCGCAGGGACAUCUGGCACGGAGCUGACCAUAAACGGAACAGGCUUUAGCGCAACCCCUCAGGACAACAUUGUGAAUAUCGGCGAGACACCUUGUAAUGUCACCAGCAGCACCAGCACCCUCAUCACCUGCACCUUAGGCCAUGCACAUGGUGGUCUUAGGGAGGUAUCCGUGCGAGUACAAAACAAAGGAUUUGCUGUGUACAAGAACAGCCAGCGAGUAAGGCGUUCGACAUACAGAGGCUCUAGCAAACUAAUGUUCGAAUACUUGAUAACGGUUAUUAGUGUAACGCCGAAUAUAGGAAGCAUCGCGGGCGGGACACGUGUGACCAUAUUUGGUGAGGGCUUCUCGUAUACUGCAGCAGGGAUCGCUGUAUCCUUUGGGGAAACCCCUUGUGUGAUCAUCAAGGCAACAGUAAGCCAAAUCCAGUGCAUAACAACAAAGCAUUCAGCUCAGAGUGUAGACAUCCAGGUACAAGUCGGCGACAAGCUUGGAAAAAAGGCCGUUGCUUUUACAUACGACGCAUCGGUUACACCAGAGAUAAGCUACAUCGGCCCACUCACCCAAAGUGUCAGCGGCGGCAACAUCAUAAUGAUCCGAGGCCGGGGAUUUGGUAGCAGUGGUAAAAUCAUGAUCGGAUCCAAGCCCUGUAUUAUCAUAAACUACUUUAGUACCUUCGUGCGGUGCUCCCCACCCGCGCAUGCGCCCGGCGUGUAUGACGUCAUGGUGUAUGUGGCCAAUCAAGGUUACGCGUCGUAUAAUGGUGCACCUCCGCGCAUGGAGUAUGUGCUCGUGGUGACUGACGUGUUCCCGCGUGUCGGGUCGAUGCUAGGGGGAACCAUGGUGAGAAUCACCGGCAGGGGCUUCAGCGAUGAUGCGGCCAGUAACGAGGUGCGAGUGGGAGGGGCGCCGUGUGAGGUGGUGUCCAGCCGGAGUGACCAGAUAGUUUGCCAGACAGGCAAUGGUACCGUCACACAUCACGUGGACAACUCGGGAAAACAUCCAGAAUUCGGAAUUGGCUAUGCCUGGAGCAAGCAUACUUUGACGGUUCACGCGGGGGACACCGUCCAAUGGACAUGGUCUAGUCCAAUGAUGACGAGUCUGACGUAUGGAGUGGAGCAAACCAGCCAAUCAGAUCCGACCACAUAUGACGGAAAGGGCUUUCGUAGCGCCAAGGGCCCAAAGGGCUCAUUUGCACACACGUUUGUGGUCCCUGGCGAGUACUAUUACGCUAGCGGCCCUGUUGACCCAUAUGGGGCCAUCAACAUGAAGGGCAUGGUCGUGGUCUUAGACGUCAAAUCGAGGCUGGUCGGUAUCAUGGUCAAAAUUGGUGACGUAGUGGCACUAAAUGAUACCACUCACGCCGGCCCCGCUUAUUCCAGCUCCUCCAACUGUCCCGAUGGUAUAACGAUGCCAGUGCCUUGGUGCAGUGUCCCUCUCCCUGGAUCUCCCCAAAAGGCGUUCCAGUUCGAGUUUUCCGAGUGUAGUACGCCUGAGAUCGAGUCGAUAACACCAAAUAUGGGCACGAGCUCGACACUGGUGACUAUUCGCGGUAAAGGGUUCGGGUCCAGCGCGGGUCAUAACGAGGUGAAGAUCGCUGACCAGCCGUGCAUUGUCGUCGGCAGCAAGGUGGAUGAGAUCACGUGUCGUGUCACGACAGGAAGCUCCUUGGUUUCAGGUCGACCACAUUCUGUAAGCGUGCGGGUAAAAAACAGAGGCUUUGCAUUAGCGAAAAUAGGUGACGAAGCGUUACGCACCUUCACACUACGACCAGCGGUGUCCUCUAUUAACCCAUGGGCGGGGUCCGUCGCGGGGGGUACCUACAUCACGAUCACGGGGAAUGGAUUGUCGUCAUUGGCUGAAAACACCAAUGUGUUGAUGGGUAACACGUCAUGUGACGUCAUGUCGUCUAGUUACACCAAGAUCAUCUGCCGCACGCAGAAGUCCCACAUCCCUGGCAAGUACAAUGUGUCGGUGUCCGUGGGUGUGCAGCAGUGCGCGUGUACCUCUCAUGUGGGAUGCUCCUUCGCGUAUACGACUUCUCUCACCCCAAGAGUAGAUUACGUCACACCCACGACAAUCCUCGGCAAGCAAAAUGUUAUCACACUCUACGGAUCAGGUUUUCCCGCCAAGACUAGUGACGUCACAGUAACGUUAGGGUCUACAGCCUGUACAGUUAUGACGUCAUCACCAUACUCCAUUGACUGCUUGGUGGAUACGCUAGUGGCUGGAAGCCACGUGAUCACUGUGCAACUUAACCCUUAUGGUUACCCUAUGUUUGGUAUGGACGCGUCGAAGACUGUGACAAGUGUGGCGGUAGUGUCGGAUUUGUCACCGGUCGAGGGAAGUCUGGGCGGGGGAACUGUGGUUACCAUUAAAGGAAAUGGAUUCGAUGCGCGCCCUGGUCACACAACGGUGCGGAUUGGAACUGGGUAUUGCGUGACGAAACGCGUGACAUAUGACACAAUCAUCUGCGUCACGAAAAUGCACAAAGCUGGCUCCUUUGAGGUUGACAUCAUUGCCAACGAUGAGGUGUUCCCCCGUAUGAGGUUUGCCUACAGACGCUUCGCCACUCCUUUUAUCAAUUCUCUGUCUACUGCGCAUGGCAAACAAGGUGAUCUUCUUGCUAUCGCAGGCUCGGGAUUUGGCACUGACUCCAGCAAGUUAUCAGUAAAUAUCGGCAACAGCAGUUGUCAGGUUCUGACGGCUAGUAAUAACAUGGUGAUGUGUACGCUUGGUCCGCACGUGAGGGGACUGAAUACGAUAGUUGUGCACCUGCAGGGGCGGGGCUUGGCUGUUAACGGGCCCGGGGUUAACGCGAAAUUUCAAUACGAUAUGGUAAUCAGUGAUUUUGUCAAGAGUGAGAGCGGUUAUGGCGGCGGGAAAAUAGUGACAAUCAAAGGAUCUGGUCUGGAUUCCGAUACUGUUACCAAAGUCUGUGGCAGUGUUUGCAAGACAGUGUACUCGGCGCCAGGACAGGUCCAAUGCGAGAUACCAGCCUACACAGGGUCAGCUGACACGCUUUGCCCAAUAAAAUGCAUUUCUCCUGAUGGACGAUGGGUAAUGGCAGGUUUCCACACCUACAAGGCAUCUCUUACUUCCAGAAUCAGUAGCGUCAAACCCUCCCGAGGGGGGACGGGUGGUGGAGUUAGGCUUACCAUCAGUGGGUCAGGUUUCACCGGCUCCACACAUGCCAUCAAAGUUACCAUAGCGGGCUCAGCUUGUAACAUCACCUCCGUGACGCCGACCGCGAUUCAUUGCACCACUGGUCAGCGUAAAGGACCUGUCAAAACUAAAGUACGCCUCGAGAUUGGGGCAAGGGGGAUUGCGACCCAGGACUACGCGGACUUCCAGUACAUUGACCUGUGGUCGUCACCAUUCUCCUGGGGCAACAAGGGUUUCCCGGUCGAAGGUGACCUGGUGGUGGUCCCCAAGGGGCAGACGAUGUUGCUUGACGUCAGUACGCCCGUAUUUGCAGCGCUUGUCAUCAAGGGUGAGCUCGUAUUUGAUGAGAAGGACUUGGUGUUGAACGCUGAGAAGAUCAUCAUCGUGGAGGGAGGAAGACUGCAGGUGGGCACUGAGAGGCAGCCGUUCCAGCAUAAAGCCAGGAUUGUACUUCAUGGCAGUGUCAGAUCACCCAAAAUGCCCAUAUUUGGCGCAAAAGUAUUGGCCGUACGUGAGGGUACCUUGGAUCUGCACGGCAAGCACGUGCCCGUCACGUGGACACGUCUGGCAUCUACCGCGGAGAUUGGCGCUAAUCAGAUUCAUCUACACACAUCUGUCACGUGGCAAGUCGGCGACAAGAUCAUUUUAGCCUCAACAAGCCGCAGUCAAAAGGAAAACGAGGAGCUCACCAUCACUAGCGUGUCCUCCGACGGCACUCGCCUCGGGGUCACUCCGACACUUAAACACAAGCACAUCGCACUUACUCAGCGCUUCGGCAACAAAUCGAUAGACACUCAGGCUGAAGUCGGCCUCCUAACUCGGAACGUGGUCGUGAGGGGCUCGGUACAAGAGGAGUGGACUGACGAAAUAAAACCAUGUCCCGAGGAUUUCGACCCGGAUCAGUUCGCUACUCAGUCGUGUUUCUUGGGCCGGUACGGAUCAGGCACGGUUAGUGAUCAGUUUGGAUCGCAAAUCAUGUUCAUGGCUCGAGAGGAGAGUAAGGGACUGGUGACGGGAAGGAUGUCGUAUGUCGAGGUGCGACAUGCAGGCCAGGCAUUCAGACUAGGCCGGUACCCAAUCCACUUCCACAUGAGCGGUGACGUCACAGGCUCGUACGUCCGCGGCUGCGCGGUGCAUCAUACUUUCAAUCGCGCUGUUACUAUUCACGGCGUGCAAGGGCUCAUGGUCGAGCGCAACGUGGCCUAUCACGUGAUGGGGCAUGCAUACUUCAUCGAGGAUGGCGCGGAGACUGGUAACACCCUUCAGUACAACUUGGGUGUUUUUGUGACGUCAUCAAGCAGCUUACUCAACACUGAUGUCACCCCCGCUACGUUUUGGAUCACCAACCCUAAUAAUACAGUUCGUCACAACGCCGCUGCUGGAGGAAGCCAUUUUGGAUUCUGGUACAACAUGCCCAUCCAUCCCGGUGGCCCGUCCUACACCCCCACCGUCUGGCCUCGCACUACCCCCCUCGGGGAGUUCCGUAACAACACCGCGCACUCGUUUGGGCGCUAUGGAUUAUGGAUCUUUCCUACGUACAUUCCAUUAGCAUCACCACAGGCCUCCUUAGACUCCACCUCGCCUGCCCGAUUCUACGAGCUUACAGCGUACAACAACCUAAAGGGCUACGAGGCGACCAAAGUUGGCGCCGUACAAGCGAUUGACUUUGCCUUACUUGAUAAUAAGGAAGCAGGGUUCGAAGUAACCGAGGUGGUGUCACCGUGGGGCGUGGCUCGAGGCGGGGCGAUACUCGACUCUAUUGUCGUGGGAUAUAGCGGGAUCAGUGCAGGGAAUAAAUCCUACUGCACGCAAGCUGGCCUCGUUGGGCCGAUGUCUUCAAGGCUGACGGUAUCGGGGGUAACGUUCGCUAACUUUGACCACGCCCAGUGUGCGGCACUGAGGGGUUGCUCGUUCUGUCGGCCUCGUCAGGGCGGAUGGAGCACGAGGUUCGAGAAGACAAGGUUGAUCAAUGCACCAAACAUAGCGGCAUUUAAGUGGGAGCACGAGGCCGUCUUUCAGGACAUGGAUGGCACGCUUACAGGUCAGUCUGGAGGCGGCUCUUUCAUUGCAACCAGUGCAACUCUACCACCACAACACUGUUCCCAGUCCUCCUCAGCCAGCAUUGGCACAGUCCCAGGCUCCAUCUGCGACCUUGUGCCACGCUUCCGUCGAAUGGCAUGGAACCAACCGUCACCUUCAUCCCUCUUGUACAAGGACGUGUUCCUAAGCAACCAAUACGGCGUGAGCAGUAUUCCCUGGACGUCUCAUCGUUUGACGCACCCAGACGGCUGGAUGGCUGUGGUUGUUUUGGAAGAAAACUAUAACAUGACUUGGAAGAACGCUGAGCACAUCAGCAAUAUAUCAUACAGGGCUAGCUUCUACGAAUUUGAAAAAACAGAUUACUUUUGGAUCACUCAUCCCCUAAAACAAGAUCCAGACCAAGUCAGUACAACAGGAAACACAGUCAACAUGUCUAGCGGUAUUCCGCAAUACGGACAUGCGUCGAGUGGCGACUGGUAUUUUGACAACUCCUCUAAAGCCUUGACGUACUUAGUGAGCGGCGACGAGCAAAUACCGCUGGCGAAGCGGGAUGUCAAGCUGAGGAUCCACAAAUGCUAUUAUCCAAACUGCGUCAAACCCGUCCCUCCUCCCCCACCGGAGAAGCGCCCUCUAGUGUAUCUCAAAUGGUCCGACCCCGAGAGUUGGUAUGGGACCGAGGCUGGCUACGGGGGGUAUAAUAAGCAGUUGCCAAGCGACGGAGAUGACGUCAUCAUAAAAGAACACUGGUGGAUGGUGGUUGAUACAGACUUGCCACCCCUUGGUACACUCCGUGUGUACGGGACGCUGGAGUUUGAGACAUACAUGAGCCACGUACUCAAUGCUACGCAUAUCUACGUCGCCCCGGGAGCAAACCUCAUCAUAGGCUGGCCAGAUCAACCAAUGGAGAAGCCAGUUUUGAUAACCCUGCGAGGCGACUCGGACACCCCGGAUAUGGUGCUGCCAAAUGGGAUGAGCGUGGGAGCGAAAACGCUUGGUGUAUUCGGCAACUUGGAGAUUCAUGGUCCGAAUAAAACUGUGUAUUGGACUCGUCUGGAACGGACUGCGGAAGCUGGACAAGACUCGCUACAGCUCGUCGAUUCGGUUGACUGGAUAGAGGGAGAUAUGGUUGUUAUCGCACCCACUUCGUAUCGAUCUUAUGAGACGGAAACGUUUACCAUCACUCAAGUCUCGGGUGAAGGGAAAACAUUGAGACUGAACGACACCCUGCGCCACAAGCACCUCGGGGAGACCCAGAGCAACGGCAACCACACUUACGCACUUACCGCCGAGGUAGGACUGCUGACAAGGAGGGUCGUUAUCGAGGGCGCGGAUGACGUCACAGACUCAUUGGAAAACUCAUUUGGGGGCCGGGUCCUGAUUGGCUCAUCAGGGAUGAGUGACGGAAAGGAGAGGAGAGUUCGCAUUGAAAAUGUGGAGUUUAGGCAUUGUGGUCAAGAAGGCUGGACGGACUCGCAUGACCCGAGGUACUCCCUGGUUUUUGUGGGCAUCUCCUCCCUCUCCUUGCUAUCGUACGUGCGCGGUAACUCCUUCCAUCAUGGCUACAACACGGGCCUUGGUGUGUUCGGCGUCGAUGGGCUGCUCGUGGAAAACAACGUGAUUCACCACACGGUCGGCUCGGCUGUUAGGGUAGAGGGAGCAGGCCACCGGCUCAUUCACAAUCUGGCCGUACUCUGCGUUGCACCAGCAACAUAUAAAGGAAGAAAAGAGAAGCAAAACUUUCUUUGGAGUGCACUUUUCGAGCUGCAAAACUCACGUGAUAUUGUAUUGCGUAAUAAUGCCGCGGCUGGCAGUGAGAGGAUCGGUUUUAACAUCCGGGGAGAACGUUGUCAUGGCACUGAUAGAAAGACUGACUGGCGCGAAAAUGUUGCGCACACAUGCCUUCAUGGUAUUCACAUCGGGUACGGUGGCGGAUGGAAGGGUUGCACCCGGCUAGCAGGCUUUACCAGCUGGAAAAACUGGGAUUAUGGUAUAUUCACUCACUCAUCUUCAAGUAUUAUGCUGCAGGAUUCAGCAUUUAUUGACAAUAAAGCUGGUGUUCUUUUGAACGUACACUCCCCGCCUGCUUUAUCCCACAAAGCUGCUGAGAAAUUCGUUCAGCUUGAUCGUGUGCUAAUUGUGGGUACAAGUCAAUACCAUGACUGCACGUCCGAUAACAGUGAGCCUAUAAACGCGUUCAGUACGCGCGUCGCACGUGGACCGAGAGCAAAAGGGGGCGGUCACAUUGGUUUCCUGUUGUCGUCGUUCACUUCCGGUAUAGGAAUGGCGCCUGAAUUCCCCUGGCAUUACAUGGCCUCUUACCCUGCCAUCGCGGGCGUCACGCGACUUAACUCCGUCACGCUCGCGAGGUUUGGUGUGACCUGUGGCAAGAGGAGUGUUGCUUUACAGACGAAUCCGAGAUCUGAAGACGUCAUUCACCCGACAGAGACGCGGAAUAUUUCCCUAGUUUUAGUAGAUCAAGACAGCCUCGUAUACUUUAAUGUUCCAAACGUGAAACUCGUCAACCCUUCCGACUGUGUGGACAUGGACUGUGACGGGAUGAAAGAGGUGCUGAUCUCAGACUUGGACGGCUCCCUUACAGGGUUGAAAACGGGGAGCAUCAUCUCCAAGGCGGAGUUCGAGUGGAAUGGCGAACCGCGCCGCGGACUUGGCGAUUAUCGUAUCCCCACUCCGAUGCUUACUUCUCCCGACGGAUCAAAACUCGACCCCGCUAAACUCGCACCGCAUCACGGGAUCGUGAGAGGCACGAGGACAAACAGCACGUGCACUUGGAAAGCCGUUUGGAAUGCGUAUCAAUGUCACGCAAUAGACUACAAGAUGAUGGUCAUCGAGAGCCUGGAUGCAGAUACUGAGGUGCGCCGGCUAUCACCUGUAGCCUUGUCAGCGGAUGGCUAUACAAAUCUACUGAACGGCCCACAAGAUCGAGGCUGGUGCUUUGGGUACACUUGCCAGGAGAGAAUCUCUACUUUUUACGCGAUCGCAGCAACACACAGGAACUACACUAUGUACUUCACGGGAACUAACCCUGAGAAGCUCCGCCUUCGUCUGUUGAACAGCCCACGCUCUGCGGUCCUGAGGGUGGCCAUCUGGUACUCUACGCCCCAGAGACUAGACGUGUACAGGAAGGGAGUCUACUUAUACCCAACCAACGCAGACCUAAAGGCCAACGGAUACGCACUGAAGAAAAAGGAUCCAAAACUCCCGCAUGAUCAGUUUGAGCCCCCGCUUUCGAGCAUCAGCGGUGCUAAUUAUUAUGACAGACGCACGCAAACGAUGAUGGUUGUUUUGAGAGGAGGUGAACCAGUGGACAUUAGAACGAUGCCAAUCAUACAACUUAGCAUUGGCAUCAAGGCAGUGCGCAUCGAUGAAUUCUUCGAAAAGAAUUUCGUCGCCAACUUAGCAGCGCUUCUCGGGAUCGACAAGUCGCGAAUCCGUAUCGUGGAAAUCGUCGGUGCGUCGCGCAGGCGACGUCGCAUGGUGUCGAGCAAAGCGAUGUUCGUGUGCAUAGAUAUUGCCAACCCGCCGCUGACCAGUAUCCCGUACACUGGUGACGAAGAUGGUAACAGCACUUCCGGUGACAGCCCCACCACAGGUAGUCCGCCCGCGUCUCCGUCCCCCGAUCCCAAUAUGAUGUCAUUCCAAGAGCUGCAGUCAUUAGCCACGAAGGUAGUCCUGGUCGCACAGACUCAACAGAUGGCAAAGGCACUUAAGAUCGACGUGUUAUCGAUUGACGUUACAGAUCCGGAACCGCCUCGGGUGGACCCGACGGGAGGUGUCCGAGCCACAAACGGAACAGGUGGACCCGCCAAUGGGACAUGGAGAUACGACCAGAAGGAGCGAUGGAAGGAAGGCAACACCACAAAGGCCACACUUGACUACCGCAUCCCUGUGAGGCUCCUCGUGACCCGUAACCCGCGGGACGCUAACGAGACCGUCCCUUUUGGAUCACAACCCUUGCUUCGGGUGGUAGACUCCCUGAACCGGACAGUGACGUCACUCGGACACGGGAAUGGAUCGCAGUGGUUCGUGACCGCAACCAUCCGUCCUGGUACCGGAGACCCUGACGGCAGACUGGAAGGUAACGUCACUAUUCCAUUCAUCGAAGGCUGGGCAAACUACACCAACUUGCACAUCACCCAUAGUCACGACUCCUACAUGCUGGACUUCAAGAUUAGCAGGCCAGCAGCCUCCAGAUUGAACGCUUCCACCGAGGUGUUUGAGGUCAAGGAACGAUUGAUGCUAUUUAACCUUGUAACCGAACCUAUUGACGCAAACGAGACCGUGCCCUUUAGCGUACAGCCUGUGGUUGAGGUACGCGACGCGAUUACCGGGAAACUAGUGACGAAUACUGGUUGGAAAGGGCGUAGGUGGUUAUGCGAGGUUUCGCUGGAGAAUCCAGAACUUAACAAAGGCAAACUACAUGGCUCUUCAGUAGUUGAGUUUUGUGACGGUCAUGCAAGAUUCACCAACCUGAGCAUUGACCACGAGGGCAGCGGUUACAUCUUAUCGCUUCAUGCGCAUACUGUGCCCGCGUCACGCUACGUAUUCAACACCACCACCGCGCCUUUUGAUGUUAAGCAGCGCGAACUGAGCCUCGUUAUCGUGCGACAGCCAGGGGACUGUAACGAGACAGUCACGUGCGGUAAGCAGCCAAUCAUUGAGAUCAUUGACGUAGCAACAGGUUUACUGGCCGGGAACCUGGGCUGGCGCGGCCGGGAUUGGACGCUCGCGACAAGUCUGUUUGGGGGAAUAAGUACCCAAAAUCUGGUCGGCGCAAAACAGCAAAUGAUUCCAAAAUCUGGUCGCGUUUCAUUCAAAGACAUAAUGUUUGAUAGAACGGGUUCAGACUAUCGUCUCAAUUUCACUGUGACGACCUCACCGGUCUCUGGCAAGUAUUCAGGGAUGAAAAUCCUUUCUGGUCAAUUCGAAGUCAAGGCACGGAAGUUCUUUCUUGAAGUGGUGGAGGAACCUGGGUUUGUCAACGCCUCGAUGCCUUUUGGAAGGCAGCCCGUGGUUGAAAUACGGGACGAGGGCACACGUCGACGAGCUACGCCUCUAAGGGAACCGGUAGAGGUUCGAGUGUCUCUGGGGAUCAACCCUAGGCCUGGGAUCUCGGAGCUGAGUGGUGGCAAGUCUGUGAUGGUAGUUAACGAGACGGCAGUGUUUACGGAUCUCUUGAUCACUCGCUGUGGGUCUGGUUACAGGCUACAGUUUGAGUCUAAUGUGACCAAAGCUGUACUUUCUGCACCAUUCGAGGCCAUGUAUGUGAAUGACUUCGCGCCGGAAUUUGUCCCAAUAAACCCCAACUAUCAAGCAACCCUUCUUGAGAAUACCACUACAGGAACCCAAGUACUCACGGUCAGCGCUGUCGACCACGACAAGGGAUCCCAAGGCGACGUGUUUUUCACAAUCUACUCGGGCAACACCGACAAUUCAUUCGCAAUCGAUGACCGCUCGGGAGUAAUCAAGACGAGGAGAACGCUUGACCGCGAGAUGAUUUCUAUCUAUGAACUUACCAUCCGAGCUCGGGACGACGCCGAGGCGGGAAAGGUUCGGUUUACAGAUGCGCUGGUUUCGGUAAUAGUCUCAGAUGUCAAUGAUAACAGCCCAGUGUUCAGUCACGAUGAAUACCGCGCGCUUGUUAAGGAGACCGCGCGUGUGGGAGAGGCUAUCAUUCGCGCGCGAGCCACAGAUCGGGACGCCGGCACCAAUGCGAGGUUGCACUAUACCAUCACAUCCGGGAACGAACAAGGGCUUUUUGCCAUCAAUGAUGAAACUGGUGAUGUCACGGUUGCCAAGCCGUUAGAUUUGGAAGACGGUGCACUUACGUCGCUUGCAUACCGACUAGGUGUUUACGUGACAGAUCAAGGAUCACCUCCUCGAGGCAACUCUACAACUGUCCACAUCCAAGUCACGCCAGUUAAUGAGUUUUCACCAAUCUUCAGAAGGGGUGUGUCACGCAAUCUCACCAUCAGGGAGCAUCUCGACGUAGGACUGGGACUAGCGCUGAUAGAUCUUGACGCUAAGGAUAAGGAUUACGGUAUCCAAGGUCAUGUGUCGUACGCUAUCUAUUCCGGUAACCAGGCCGGCAUGUUUAGAGUCGAUGCGAACGGUACUGUCUAUUUACUGGGGACCUUAGACUACGCACGCGCGCCUUCUUAUCGACUUGUGAUCCGCGCCACGGAUGGCGGAGCCAAGGAAAUGAGGAAACAUGCGGAUUUCACGCUGACAGUACUAGUAGAAGACAUCAAUGAUAAUGCUCCGAAAUUCGCAUCUGACAAAACAAUGGUUGACGUAUAUGAGACGUCGAAAAUAGGUCAAGUUAUCACAGUUAUCACGGCGACUGACGCCGACGCAUCCACCAAUGGCCAGGUUUCCUACAAAAUCGCUUCGGGGAACGAUGACGACUACUUCCGGUUGGACUCGAAAACAGGCCAUGUUACUCUAUCAAAAAGCCUCGAUUUGGAAAUCCUUCACAACGAAGGCUGGAAUCGAACACUUGUUGUUAUAGCAACAGAUCACGGUACACCCCGGUUGCAUAGCAACGCAAGCUUUGUCUUCAGGCUAAAUAGUGUGAACGAGUUCCCGCCCGUCUGGACCGGAAAUGCCAACUUGUCCCUAAGCUUGUCCGAGGACAUACUUGUAGGGUCCAAAAUCGGACGGCUUUCCGCAACGGAUAGGGAUUAUGGACUUGACGGUGAAAUAAGAUACAUCAUUCUGAGCGGCAACGGAGAGCGGAAGUUUCAUCUAGAUGAGGUCACUGGCGUAAUUACCAUCCAUGCCCCUCUCGACCGUGAGCGCACCUCUUACUUCCGGUUACGAGUUCAAGCGUCUGACUGUUCGAAGAAAGCAUCCAGCCGCCGACGAGUAUAUGCCGUUGUUGACAUUAAAGUCAAGGAUGUAAAUGAUAACAAGCCAACGUUUCAGCGCAAGUCCUACUAUGUGGUUGUCCUGGAGACGGCUCAAAUUGGCGGUGCAAUCAUUACCGUUCAUGCGAGUGAUAGCGAUGAAGGGCCUAAUGGUCGAGUCACGUACUCAAUUAUUUCCGGAAACGACCUUGGCUUUUUCGGCAUCGAUUCUCAGACAGGCACACUGCGUGUGCGCAAAAGCCUCGAUCUUGAGACGCAAGUUCACGUGUACGACCUGAUCUACAUCCUGACAAUAAGUGCGCAGGACCAGGGAACACCGCGGGCUCUCAACUCCACCGCUAUUAUCACCAUAGAGAUUAAGAGCGUCAACGAAUUCACUCCUGUCCUCCAGCCCCUAGUGACGUCAUACAUCCGGGUCCCAGAGUCUUCACCUGUUGGAUUUGAAGUGGUAGACUUGAAUGCCACUGACAAAGACUUUGGUGCUGACGGGAUUAUCCGUUUCGCCAUAUUCCACGGAAAUGAAGGCAAUACAUUUGAUAUUGACUCAAGCACGGGAAAGAUAACGGUCGGCAAGAAACUUAACUUUACACUUUACCCUCGAUACUUCCUACACAUUAACAUCAGUGACAGUGGUCCAACUAGUCAGCGGCGUUCUUUGGUUACUAAGGUCACCGUAAGAGUGACAAAUUUGAAUGACAAUGGUGGACGUGAUGUGGGACUUUUGAAUCUGCCGGAUGUACUGACGUCAAAUGGUAAUCUGGCGGAGCUUGCUGGGAUUCCGACGAGCCGUUCUUGUAGUGUGCUUAUCAUCGAUCAAAAUGGUCCUACCGAAACACUUGAUCCAAGUGAUGACAGACUAACAAUCGACGACACGAGCGCGUCACGUGGAUUAUUCUUUGUCAAGCGUUCCAACAAGACUCUCCUUCUCACCGCGAACAGCGCAGGUCACCUAGGCACAGGUAUCCUGAUUAUCCGGGUGAAGGGUUUAUACGCCGUGCGUUUGGAGGUCAAGAUCAUCGGUUUCAAGUCCCUCGCGGUCAAAGCUCUUCUUCAUUCCUCCGCAUCCGAGCAACCCAUUACGACAUUGAAUCGAGUCGGUCCUGAUGGCAACUACCAGAAGUCUGACCUGAGGCUUGUCAUGACUUUGACUGACAGCUCGGCUUUUGACGUCACUAGCAGUAACAUGACGUCAUUCCAAUACACCAGUUAUGGCGUCGGCGUCUCGGUUGUACUAGAUACAAACCCUUAUGUGUUGGGAGUUUCCCGCGGAAGUAAACCGGGUCGAGUUAGCUUGUAUGGGUGUUUGGGUGCGAAGAAGUCUGCUCCCUUCAAUCUAGUGAUAUCAGAUCACGUGAUUGUUGCCAUGACAAUACGAAGUGUUCAGGUGCAAAAUCUCACGGACCGUACCCUGGUUGGGAUAGUUGGUACCAUCGCUCAAGUCUCCGUCACCAUGACAAUGAAUGACAGCUCAGUGAUGGUAAUCAGUGACUUCAAAGAGUACCGAGGCUUGGUACGAUUUGUGACGUCUGACCCAUUAGCUGUGACUGUUGACCCAAGUGGAACCCUGACGUUACGCGGCGACUCGGACAAACUGGAGCGCGUGACUGUCACAAAUGCUUACGACGAGUUUGACGCCAUGGAGUUCACGUUUUAUUGUAACAAAGAGCCUGCGUUUGGUGAGGCUGACUUGGGCCGCGGUACUGGUCCAGCGGUCAUCAACCCACGUGAACCUAUCCCGGUUAGGCUAGGGAUACACAAUUAUCACGUGACUGCUUAUAAUAUAACUAUCAGCAUCGCCGAAGGGUUUGAGUUCAAGGGGCUGACGCUCGAUGUGCCGUACUCCUAUCACGACGGCAAACUCUCGUUGGUGAACGUGAUGUCGCCCGGGCAGCAGGAAGAGGUGAUGCAUGUGACUGAUAUCGUGCUCGUCUUUGAUGGUAGUAGUCCGCGGGCUCCUGUACGGUUAGUGUCAAGCGUGGUGGUAGACAAUAACCUCGUGACCUACCCACCAGCUGACAAGCCCUCGUGCUCGAAGAAGUUGCUUGGUGAUGUGUCAUCUGACUGUGUGCUGGACGUCUAUGAUGCUGCGUACGCCAUGGCCUACGCCCUGGCAAGGGAGAAUGAUUUUGCUACAGCAUCUCAGAAGCGGUUGAAGGAGAAAACGACUAAGAAAAUGAUACAAGCAAUGGACGUCAAUUUGAAUAGUGUUGUCGAGCGGUCGGACGCAGUCCUUCUUGCUAAGGCGUCCGUAGACCAGGCACGAUUUUUAACGUCUUUCCACGUAAACACCCCGGAUCACACACGCGAAGACCGUACACGCGAGACGUGUGUGUUCAGCGUGGAGGCAGGGCUCGCCUAUAAGAACAGUGAGCCAAUCAAUGAACGUGACACGCAAAUCUACUUUGAGCUCGCGAGUACACACGAGGAGCUAUCAAACCAGUUAAAAGAGUCGCGGCCAGACGUGGGAGGACUGGUUAUUGUUUACGACGGAGAUAAAACCGACGGGACCUGGGGUGGAGUGGUGCGUGCACAGCCUAAAGGCAGUGGUAUAAAUGUUUUCCGCUUGACCCAUUCCUAUAUCCAAGUUCCCGACCUAGGGAUCAGUGUGGUCCAAGUCGACACGAGAACUGGAACGAGUGUCGUGACGAUGUUCAGUGACUCUCGAUCACCGAUGUUUGGUCGAGCAUCGUUCAACGUUACCCGGUCUGGGCGUGUGCAUCUUGAGAGACACAGUCCUCAGCGCGUUGUACAUAACAUAAAGAGCACCAAGUUCUGUCAAGAUCCCUUCAUCAUUAAAACAAUCCGCAUGAAAUUCCUGAAUGACUUUGUGUCCGUACAAGGCAAAGAAGAGGGCUUCAUAUCCGCUCUGGUAACCAGACUGAGGAGUCUUGGUACUAAUGUGAACAUCACCACAGUAAAGCUAUCACCUGGAAGUAUCUACGCCAACUUUGAAGCAGCAUCCAAACGCUCUAUUAUGAACUCAUUCCUACUGAGUUUAUGGAAUCGCCUUCAAGAUGGGUUCACUCUAUCGUUUGAUGGGGUAAUCUAUGAGGCAACUAGGGAGCUUCUCGUGGAUGGAGCUGGAUACCAGGCCCCUGAAACUAAGUACAGCGCCUCGCCAUUCCCGGUUACCACAGUCAUAGUAGUCUGCGUCGUAGUCGUCGUUCUGGUUGCAAUGGCCGUCCUGGUCGUAUGCUACCAUAAGCAUAGGAUGGUUAAGCGUCCUAUCAGCGCCGGCAAGUGGAAUCGCAUCUCUCAUAUGCAUGGCCUCUUCACAAGAUCUCAGACCAAUCUGGAAUCUUUUGGUACAGAGUUGAUAUUUCUCAACACGGAAAACGCCAGUCACGACGAGGGGGGUCAUGUGAUCUCUGUACAAAAUAACCACACCAAACGGAACCUGUCAAGGGCCCAGUCGGCCUCAUCACAGGUGUCCGUGGAGGCAUGGGGUGAAGACAGCCCAAAUACUCUUAAGAAGACUCUGCUUGCAUCGGGCAAGGUCUCGCCUGUACCCAUGAUGGACAGUGAAAACGAGUCCGAUGAAUGGGACUCUCCCAUCCCAUCUCCUCCAGGGACCCCUGACCCCUCCCAGGUAACGAGGGCUACUGCAGCAUCGUCCCGACAAACAGGAUCACAGAUCAGCUUAAGUAAGGUCGCUUUCCAAGAGGACAAGGGCAACGUAUUCAAGAAUUGGCGCCAACUUUCCAAACAAAGGCUCUCGCGGCAGAGCAGUGAUAGCAGACUCCUUGACCUGCAUGUGCAGGAGGGACAUGAAGUACCGCUGUCACGACCAGUGCUUCAUAAGAAGAUGUCAUUAGGUGGAAGACUGAGCCCACGGUCCAUUACACCCGAACCCUUUUUUAGCCGUAACGAUGGCGCGCCUACAGGGUCCUCUUCUCCGAGCCUCUCCUUCAGACCCCAUACCUCUUCUGGCAUAGCUGUGCACUCAAACGACAUCACUAUCGAAGAUGAAGCCACAACUAUUAGGCUCCCCGUAAACAUGCUGAUCCAGUCCGGAUGGACUGAUGGCCCGGAUACCGGACGACUCAAGAAGCUCGGCUUCAUCGACAUCCAGUCGAACAGCAGUCUGGAAGAUGCCAGGGCCGCCAUCUGUCGCAGUUGCCCUCAGGUGGCAAGGCAGCUAUUCGUGCUCGUGGAUAAGACCCUGAUGGAUAUAGAGCCUUGUCAGGAGAGCACCCGGGCCAUAUGUGGCACUUUCACUGAGUCUGCCACCAUUAGGGUGCUAACCAAUAGAGCCGACGCUACCCGUCUGUUCUGUCCAUGCGGCCAGACUGCCCAGUUUACAUGCUCUGCCUGCAACAGUCGGGGCUACUGUGGUCAGAAAUGCCAGCUGAAAGACUGGGGCAAGCACAAAACCGACUGUCAUAAUCAGUCUAGAGAUAUCGAUGUGUAGAGGGUGAUUUUGAUAAAGUAUUUCUGUUUUACUGUGUUGUUUUCAAGUGUGUUACGAAGGAUUGGGGCUGUUCAGAGCCUUUAAUGAUAUGCAAGGUAAUGUGUUUUUUAGCCUAUCGCGUUGUUUUAUUUGUGAUACGGCCAACAAGUUAGCCUCUAAAUAGCUCACUAUAAGACCUUUGUAAUAGCAUGUUCGUGUGAGGUUGCAGCUGUUGAGCCAAACCAGUAGAGUGCAAACAGUAAAAGCGUGAAAGAUUAGUUUGUAAAAAGUUCUACUCUGUACAUUUUUUUAAAUAUUUGACUUGGAACGCCACUAUAUUUUAGUAAAAUAGUUGGACCGUGCCUUUCUUUUGUCUCACUGUUUCAGUUGAGCGGCCACACUAUUAUGUGAGGGAAGUUGAGAAUUCACUAUUUAGUAAGUGUACAAAAUAGUGCAAUUUAGUUUUACUAAUCUUUCACGCUUAACGUUCUGCACCCUAGUACAGUGAAUGCGUGUGAUAAGACUAACACCGGUCGUGUAGAUAGGUGUGCCAAAAAAUGUCAAUAUAAUGACUACGGGCCUGAAAACAGUGUGUUGUAUGUAAUCUCGGUAGCAAUCCAAGAGUUUUAUGUAGUGCGAGUAAACUUUGCAUUCAAAAUAAACGCACAUGACAACAA